AUGGCGAACCAGCAAGAAGCCGGAAAGAAGGACCCCCUCACGGGCAUGGCGCACUCUGAGGCGCAUUACUUCAACAGCUACAACCACCAUGGUAUCCACGAGGAGAUGCUGAAAGAUGAAGUCCGAACCAAGAGCUACCGCGACGCUAUCUACCAGAACCCUCACCUGUUCAAGGACAAGGUCGUCCUCGAUGUUGGAUGCGGCACAUCCAUCCUGAGCAUGUUCGCCGUAAAGGCCGGCGCAAAGCACGUCAUUGGUGUUGACAUGUCAACCAUCAUCGACAAGGCAAAGGAAAUCGUCGAGGUUAACGGCAUGUCGGACAAGAUUACCCUGCUACAGGGCAAGAUGGAGGAGGUUGUACUUCCCUUCGACAAGGUCGACAUAAUAAUAUCCGAGUGGAUGGGCUACUUCCUGCUCUACGAGUCCAUGUUGGACACCGUUCUCUACGCCCGCGACAAGUACCUGGUCAAGGACGGCUUGAUCUUCCCCGACAAGGCUACCAUCUUCAUGGCUGGUAUCGAGGAUGGCGAGUACAAGGAGGAGAAGAUUGGAUUCUGGGAUAACGUCUGGGGCUUCGACUACUCUCCUCUCAAGGCCACCGCCAUUACCGAGCCCCUCGUCGACACUGUCGACAUCAAGGCCGUCGUCACCGACCCCUCCCCCGUCAUCACCCUUGACCUUUACACCUGCACCGUCGCCGACCUCGCUUUCCGGUUACCGUACGAGCUCAAGGCGCGCCGCAGCGACUUCAUCCACGCCGUCAUCGCAUGGUUCGACAUCGAGUUCGCCGCCUGCCACAAGCCCAUCCGCUUCUCCACCGGACCUCACACCAAGUACACCCACUGGAAGCAGACAGUCUUCUACCUGAAGGAUGUACUGACGGUCGAGGAGGGCGAGACCAUCAGCGGCAUACUAGAGAACAAGCCAAAUGAGAAGAACCACCGCGAUUUGGACAUCAGCAUCUCAUACAAGCUCGAGGCGAACGACAUGCACAGGCAAGCAUCAGGCGAGUCACAGUACAAGAUGUGCUAG